AUGGAAUCACCAUUUAAAGCAAAUAUCCUGAAAGGAAAGGUAGCUUUGAUAACAGGAGGUGGAUCAGGAAUUGGGUUUGAAAUAUCAACACAGUUUGGUAAACAUGGAGCCUUUAUUGCCAUCAUGGGUAGACGGAAACAAGUUGUUGAUUCUGCUGUUGCCAAUCUCCAAUCGCUUGGAAUUUCUGCUGCUGGAUUUGAAGGGGAUGUUCGCAAGCAGGAAGAUGCAAAAAGAGUUCUUGAAUCAACUUUUAAACAUUUUGGCAAGAUUGAUAUUCUGGUGAAUGGUGCAGCUGGCAACUUUCUUGUAUCCCCUGAGGAUUUGUCACCUAAUGGAUUUCGAACAGUUUUGGAUAUUGAUGCUGUUGGCACCUUCACAAUGUGCCAUGAAGCACUUCCUUAUCUCAAGAAAGGAGGGCUUGGACAAAGCUUAUCUGGAGGUGGAACAAUUUUAAAUAUAAGUGCUACCUUACACUAUACAGCAGCUUGGUAUCAAAUAAAUGUAGCUGCAGCAAAGGCAGCUGUUGAUGCCAUAGGUAGAAACUUGGCUCUGGAGUGGGGAACUGACUAUGAUAUUAGAGUGAAUGGGAUCGCGCCGGGCCCAAUUGGUGGUACUCCUGGCAUAAGUAAGCUUCUUCCUGAAGAGAUAAAUAGCAAAGCUAAAGAUUUCAUGCCUCUGUAUAAACUAGGAGAUAAAUGGGACAUUGCUAUGGCUGCUCUCUUCCUUGCUUCUGAUGCAGGUAAAUAUGUCAACGGAACCACUCUUGUUGUUGAUGGAGGAAUUUGGCUGAGCCGUCCUCGCCACCUUCCGAAAGAUGCAGUCAAGCAGCUUUCUCGAUCUGCGGAAAAGAGAUCCCGAAAUGCCCCAUCUAGCAAGCUCUAA